CAGAAUUCACACUACCUUAAAACACACAGUGAGCAGCAAAGCAGCCUUUCUGAGCUCUGUUAGAGUAGCACUGUGGCCACGCUUGUGAUUUUCCUGUUCUCUCCCACAUCCUUUCUGUCUCUUCAUCUGCUUAAAAGUUAGCUGGAAAGUCUGUGGGAAACUGAUAGUAUCUUACACUUCUUAGCAUACCCUACAGAAGUACAUCUUCAUGUGGUUCUUCGGUAUAAAAAUGUAUUACUUGCAUUAAAUGCACAUAUGUUCUUUUAAAACCAUAGAUCUUUUGGAGUCUUCCCACAACAGAGCAACACCUCUGAAUCCCUUUUCACAGAAACAAAGAGAAUUUAAGUUCAUUUUUUCCACAGUGAAAAAAUCAUGAAAGACUCUUAUGAAUCAAUUAAACACUAUGCUCAGGGGAAUUGGGCUGCUAUUGGUAGUUGGCAUGCACAGUGUUUUAGUACUUAAGCUUUAAGGAGCUUGGGGAAUGGAAUGCUGACAAUAAGUAAUUUACAAUUAUCCAUGCUGUUACCUGUUAAUGUUAAAAAUGCUUUUUAGACAAUGACUUUUCCUCAUAGUGACUCCCUGUUGGGGUACUGAAAAUCACAGAAUUAAAUACAAAAUCUGAGUAACCUCCUAAUUCAGGUUUAACUCUGAUUAUGUCACAUGUCAGCAGAACAGAAAAUGCAAUUCUGACUCGCUGGUGUCAAAUGGCAGAUCUCCAAAUGCUCAAUCCCUCCCAUCUGGGGCUUCCUUCAUCUUGUUAAUUUUACUUUCUAGUGAGUCUAGCACUUGCUAGAAAAAAACAAAAUAAUAAAUGCCAGAUAAGGCAUCUGCUGCUUAUGUGCUGUGCAGACUAUCCAGAUCUAAGGUCUUCAAGUGAUUUUUCAUAGUUGUGUGCCUAGUUAUUAAUGUUCUUGACCUUUAUGGCAUAUCUCUUACUAACUGAAGCAUCUGGUAGCUGUUGUAAAACUCUAUAAAGUGGUCCGCACAGCCAUGAUACAGACUACUGCAAAACAUUUCAUGGCUUGUCAGAAAUCUCAGAGUGGAACAGGUCAGGGAACAUAAAGGUUAAGUGGGUUAAUAAUUAAGACUAUAAGAAAAUGGUUGCAUAGAUGAGACUUACUAUAUUUCUGCCUCUCAUUUCCUGACUUUUAAGUCUACCCUUAAAAAUUCUUUCGUCAGGCUCACAACACCUAUGUGUAGCACGUGACGUUCUUACCUGUUUUCAGGAAGAUUAACUAGAAACAGUCUGUGCUCGUGGUUUCUAAAUCUGUCAGUUGCACGGAAAAGGCCAUACUUAGGUUUAGCUAGCCAUUGUCCUCAUAAUGGAAGGAGAAACUGUUAACGUAUAUCAGCCAGGGUGAAGUGUAAUUCUUGGGCGUGUGAAUUGUAACAGCUCUUACAAUCUUCUGCACCUUCUCAUAGGCAAGUUUGAUACAGGGCUCUGACUCUUGCCGCAGCUUGUCCCAGUUUUUCGUUUUGGAUAACUGCCAUGACGUUAUAAAUAGACCACACUGAUAGGUCCUAUAUUCUGCUAAACCACACAGGUCUGGGUGCUUUCAGAUAUAACUUUCUAAGUUCAAAGUACUGCUUGCUGCCAAACUAAUUUUCUCUCCAUGGCAAAGGAAUUUUUUAACUGCUCUUCUACUGUGGUUUAUAGGAAAGUUAAAGUAAAGAGUCCUUAAAUGCACCCUCAUCCAGAUUUAAUCUGACUUUGCCUAUUUUUACAUGCAGUACUCCAGCUCAGAGUGACUUCAAUUAAACAGUCUUGUAGUUUAUGUGGAGAACUAAGCCAAUGUUCUCCCAGGCAAGAUUAAAUGCCAGUAUUCAGUCCUUAUUCCAGGUGGUUAGACAAGCAGCUAAGAGUCCAUCAAAGCAACUGACUCUAGACUGCCGCAUAUUAGCUUAGGCAGUCAUUUGACAAGGCGUGAACAACUUUACCCAGUGCAGGGUUUGGAAUAUAUCAUCAUAAAUUUGUGUCAGGCAAAGCUGGAUGUGUGCUCAGCUCAUCCAACCAAUUCUCUCCUAAUGCCAAAUCAAACUGGCCUAGGCAAGGCCCUUUUUACCAUGCUGUUCUGUGGAAGCUGAUUCAUUACCAGAAACAUCCUAAAGGUAUUUUAUGUUUGUAUCUCCAAAUUCCCUAUCCAUUUCCUACAAAAAGGAAAGGAAAAAAACUGCAACAACAACAAAAAAAAAACACACUUGACUCUUUCUUACCUACAGCUGGAGAAAGAUUUCUGUUUUUCUGGCCUGCACAGUUCCCCUUGAACUCACGCCUUUUAAUCAAGUAAAGGAAAGAGGAGCUCUAUAUUCAUCUCUUUGGCCUCACUGCAAAGACAUAAAAAUUUUAAGGGUACUAUUUCUGGUGAUAAUGGAAAUAUUCUAUUAGGAGAGCAGAAGAACUUGUGGUUACUCUUCUGGCAUGUCCGAAAAAAGAGUCUGCAUUAACCACUGCUCAACAGCUCAAAACUAGCAAAGCUGAAAAACGCCAUUCCCUGUAGUUCGCAUAGCAAGAAGUAACACUAGCACUGUUUAUGUGAAACGCCUGUUUGUAUCCUCACAGACCCUAAGGGUACACAUUCAUCAGAAAAUACGCAGAUAGGGAAAGAUCUAAACACACCCACCAUGUUUUCACUGACAUUAUCGCUAUGAAAGUGUAAUAUUUUCUAAGCCCAUUUCUACUUUUUCAAAGUGAUAGCAAAAAUGUUUGCUUUCUGGAGCACUUAGCAUGAUCGUUUUCUCAUUUUUGCUUUGUGCUUUCUCAAUAGUUCCAUAAUAUAUAAUAAACUAAGCAUGACAUUAAGGGAUGUCAUUUACAACCCAAAUGCAUGUGCAUAACCAUUUUCUUUUGAAUACAGUAUGUAAACUGCAGAGCACUGUGAUCGUUGGAGAUAUUCUGCUACUAUUAAGUCAUCUGUAAACGACUCAGCUUUAGUAAUAUUUCAGUAUAUAAUUAUUGCGUGUGUGUGUGUCAUCCCACUUUGGCAGCUAUGAAGUAAAGAGUUUGUUGUCUAGCAAGUUUCUCUCUGCUGCCUAAUUUCAGAUGGAACAAACCCUGUAAGGCUGCAGUACGCCAGCGCUGUACUUAUCUGUGCUUUCCAACAGCUGAGCAAACCGGAUGACUGAAGAAGGGUGUUUUUGCGUUUUUAGGAUAGUUUUGAACUUGAAUAUAGUUUUACCCAUUUGGCAGAUCAGUCUCUUUGGAUGUUGUCGAAGCGUCAAUUGGCCCUAAACGUGAACUUCAUUCGUACCGUUCGGAGGUGCCUUCUUUAUACUGAAAUGCAAGUUUUGUAAACAGGGUAAGUUCUCUGAGAACUUCUGUGGGUGUUCGGUGUAGGUGUGAUGCUUUUGUGGAGAAUGAAAUCUGCUAAAGUAUCUUCACUGAAUAUAUCUUUCAACUGGAGAACGCUUGUUGCUGAUUUUCAACUUUAUAAAUCUGUCUUUCUCCCAAGACCUGCCACGUGGACUCCUUAGGCAUUCAGAAGUUAUGGAAUAUGUAGUUAAUUUCAUUUAUACUUCUCGGCCUGAUGCAUUGUGAAACUUCCUGAUUUCUGUGGUAAGGGGAUCCAAAAUAUACUGACAUCCAGGCUAACCUUAAAAAGCAUUUUUAUCUCCUCCUGAAAGGUUCAGUUACUGUAGUGACUGUUAAAAGCAGAAUACUUGGCUUAGCAGAAAAGUCUUUAUUUCAGCUCACUAAAAUUUCUUCUUUUUAUUAAAUUUGGAGACAAGCAGGUAAAUAAUUUUAAAGGACUUUCUACGCAGAAGAACAUUGUUUUUCACAGAGACUUUUAAAAUUUCUAUUAGGAAAAACCCUCAUAGGAAAAGAACAAAUUUCUCACCAAGAAGAAAACUUUUUCAUAGUGCCCGAAGUUUACUACAGCCCCUCAAAAGUUAGAAAAUCUUACAGAAAGUUUGAAAAUCUUACGGAAAGGUGAUUCUCUUUUUAUCAAGUGUGAUUUCUGCUGAUUGGAUUUAUAUACCAUAAACAGUGCACAAAAUUCAAAAUUGAGUUUUACUACCGUUCCUCUGGGAAAGGGGAUUUCUUUUUAUGAGCUAGCAAGAAUUAGUUCAUAGGUGCUAGAAAGCAUCACGGUCAGUGCUGUGGAUGUUUGAAGGGUCCUGUGAAUGAAACAGCUAUUGGUAAUCACUUCCUCUCCUCUGCCCCUAAGGAAGAAGAGACCUUUGUGUCAUGAUAGCAUGGAUAAAUGUUUAUUUUUAUUUGUAGGAUUCUCUUUUUAGUCACUGUGUUUAUACUGUCAUUGAUCUAUGGAGAUAUUAAUACGUAUGAUUUUUCUUUGUCUCAGGUUAGCACAAGGUGGGUGAGUCUGUGAUAGCACGUAACAUACUGUAAAAGUGGCAGAGUCCCAUUCAUCAUUACAGAUAAAUGUCCUUUUCUUAUCCCCACCACACUGGAGGUGACAUACCAAGUCCUCAAUGUUCUCAGAACCCUCCCCAAAAUAAUUCUUAAUACUAAAAUUAACACAGUAUUUUUGUCUCACUGCCCACUUCAAAUAAACCGCUUCUUUGACAGCCUGUAAGCAACGAUUAACCAGAUACUGAAAGAAAAAAUAGUUACAAUUACAGAUGACAUUCUGUAUCAGGUUACGUAGGCUGCAGUAUUUAUUAUCUGACAUUCUCCAGAAUGUUGCACUGUUUUUCUCCCUACCUCAUAGAUUACAUAAAAUGGUAGUGCACAGGAAGAUGAUGAUGAAAGCAGCUGGUCAUUAAACUAACAAGACGGAGGGAAGAAGCUGAUAAGCAUAAAAAAGCUUUGUUAACUUUCAUGAGAUUUGCAUGGGUAUAGCUAAAACAGGAACUGAGUUCUGUAGGAGAUAUUGUCAAAAGGCUAGGCUCAGUUUUCAUCUAGACAUGCAAUUAAUCGUGAUUAAAAAUGAGAAGCAGACGCUACUUCAGCACUGUAGCAAGGUACUUCUACCAUUGUGCCUGCAGUUAUUUACUUGUGCGCACUCCGACAUCUCAUUUAAAAUAGUCUCUGUGGCUGAGAGUCAAAUCUUAGAUGUGCCUUUGAAAGCAGUAGUCCACGUAUUCAAAAAUGAACCUUUCUUCUUUUCCUCCCUAAAUUGUUUCAUUGAAUCACUGAUGGUUCAGUAGUCUUUCAUCACCUAAAUAAACUUCAGUGCUACCUUUGACUAUUUUUACCUCUCUGAAAUGAUGUCGCCUGCUUUCAAGUCAUUGCUGAAAUGUCUGCAGUGAAAAUUAGUUGCAGGUGGGGCUUUUGUCUUCCCCUGUAGAUGGCCCAUGCAGAAAUGUGGUGCCAUAUCUGAGCAGCUGUAGCAUUGCUCACAAACCAAAGGCUCUUUCCUGUGUCCAUUGUUUUACAGAUUUUAAAUUUGGACUUUAUUUUCUCCAGCUCUUGCAAUCGCUCUCUCUGACCCCUCUAGCUUUGACAUGUGCUAGCUGUGUCCCUCUCAACUUGGCAUCACAUUUUGCUGACACAUUUUUUGACUUACUGGUCUGUUUCCAACUAUACUUUUCCUAUAAAGUCACUUAUUUUGUAAAGCUGUUUAAUGCCCAUCUCCAUCUUAUUGUAGUCCCCCUUAAUUGAUUUAUGUCAAAUACCACAUUUGCCUCUUCCUCUGGAUGGGAAAUGUCUUUACUCUGCUCAUAAACUGCCGUGUAGUCUAAAAUCACUUGGUAAGAAGUAAAUCACGGAAUUAUUUAUGAACUAAGCACAACAACAGUAACUUGCUUUAGCUGUGCUAAGGUAAAAUGUUUAUCUGUCUAUUAACUCAUAAAACAUGUCUGAAAACUGGAUGAACUGCAUUUCCAAGGGCAUGGACAAAACUUUUUUCCUACUUCAAAUAUGUAAUACACAAGUUCAGUUUUUCUGUUCACUCAUUGUGGUGAAAGCUGCCAUUUCCUUUGUAUGCAAAUGCACUAAGUAAAUCAAAUUUGUCCUUUAUAAAUUAUUUCUAUGAAUAUUGUGAUAUGAGUUCUUAGGACAUGCAUCCACGUGGCAUAUUUCUGAGUUGCACUGGUAUGAUAUCACAUCAGUCUUGUAAACAUGUCUACCAGUGGUAGAAAACACAAAAUUUUAUUUUCAUGAUUGUUUUUUAGGCCAACCCUUUCAAGUUAGGCAGUGCUUUCCAAUAUUUCAGAUUUCUUCUCUGUUUGAGUUAGCGAAAAGAAAUUACAACUGCACUUCCAUGUGUUUGGGCCUUACAAAUUCUCGGUUCUCUGUAUUUGGGAUGGAAAAUGUCCUAUAUGUAAACAUCUAUCAUGUAUACAUUAACGGAUUUAUAUUCAAAUAUUUGAUAUGCCUGUCUCCUUUUCCACACUAGGUGUCAUGUCUUUUCAAACAUGCUUCACAAUCUGUUUUCUGUAUCUUGAGACAGAAAGUUUGUAUGUAUAUAUGUCACGUUAUGGGAAAUGGAUGUAGGAAAGGAAGAACAUGCAGUUCCUUUUGUUCAAUCCUGCACACAAAUGAUUUUUAUACAAUCCUUGGGUAUGGAGGGCACUCCCCUGAUUUGCUUGGGAAUGGAACCAUGACCUCGCAAAACUUACUGUUUCUACACUCAGUGAAUUUUAAAGGAUCCAAAAUUCAUCUUUUUUGCUUUCAGGUUAUUGUUGGUGAUUUAAAAUGAUGCCCUUGAGUAUUAUGUUGAGAAAGAGGAAGAUAAUUAUUCUUCCUUAAUUACAGAAUUCGUGUUAUGAGCGUUUAUAAGCAGAUAACAUGCAUUAACAUCUGUUUAUGUUAUGUGCUGGUGAUCACUUCCAUACAGCAGAGUCAUUAUUUUUUUUUUUAUUCCCCAAAGAAAUGUUGAGAAAUGCUGACAGCACACCAAAGUCCUCGAUGUCAUUCAUGUGACCAUUUGUUUAGCUGAGUUCAGGCUGUAUACAGUAUUUAGAGUCUGACUGUUGCUUCUGCUAUUCUGACGCAUUCAAAAAGUUCAGGGCUUUUUCUGUGUUCAGUACCCUUCAUGUAUGAAACCUCCCCUCCCGCAUCGUACCUGCUGCACAGAUCUUUCUGAGAUUUGCCACUUUUCUAAAGUUACAUUCUUUAAGAACUGACUACUUAGAAGAACUGUAAAUAUGCACACAGUUUAGGGCAGCCUAUGAAAGCCAAAGAGAACAUUGUGCUCUUUGCAUUUCUCUAUAUAAGAUAUACUGGCAUUGUGACUGACAAACGCCCUUCAGUUUAAUUGGGGCACAUACUUGAGGUUACGGUUCUCCCAGAUUUAUGGUUUGGAUUUUCCACUCAUAAUGGAACUUUUCUUAGAAUGUAAUUUAAUCAGUCUUGACUAUAACCCUCCAGCCUUGACACAUAAAAUAACAUGUAUGUGCCUAAUACCUGAAAAAUGAAAAAAAUAUUAAGAGUUGUGUGCUCAUAUGUGAAGAGAUUGUACACAGGCGAUCUGGUCACUAUGCUUUGUUGAAAUGUACAAGCAUUAAGUAACUGUGAUUCUGUCUACUGCAGAAAUAUGAUUAAAGAUAACAAAGAAAUUGUUCCACUAAUGGGCAAGAAAACAAAUCCAUCUGGUAUUCCCCCUUCAAACCAGCAAGAGAAAAAGCCAACUGAGAGCACUCCCACAAAGAAAAGUUCACACUUCUUUCUGGAGAUUGAUGGUUUUGAAAGCAAUGCAACUCCAAAUAAUACAUCUCCCCCUGUGUUUUCAAAACCAAUGGAUUCAAAUAUUCGUCCAUGUGCAUCUGGAAAUGGGGAAGAUAUGGAUUCCCCACAGUCUCUUCAGGAUGAUGUGACUGAAUAUAGCCCUAACGUAGACAGUUGUGCUAACAUACCACAAGGUCCUGAGCAGACAAGUGCCCGGAAGAAGUUGAAAAGAUACAUAUUUCGAGCAGUAUCUGAGGGGAAUGUAGAAGAAUUGCAAGGUCUGCUUGCAGAGCUGAAGGAAAGAUCAAAUGCAUGUACAAACAUGACUGUGCCAGAUUAUUUGAUGAAAAAAUUCACAGCUUCAGAUACUGGCAAAACAUGUCUGAUGAAAGCUCUACUGAACAUCAACCAAAACACAAAUGAGAUUGUGAAUAUGCUACUCUCCUUUGCAGAAGAAAAUGGUAUUUUGGAGAGGUUUAUCAAUGCAGCAUACACAGAAGAGGCAUAUAAAGGCCAGACAGCUCUAAAUAUUGCCAUUGAAAGAAGACAGUAUGAAAUCACUCAGAGCCUUAUAGAAAAAGGAGCUGAUGUCAAUGCUCACGCCCAGGGUAUUUUCUUUAAUCCCAAACAUAAGCAUGAAGGCUUUUAUUUUGGUGAAACUGCACUGGCGUUAGCUGCAUGUACCAAUCAACCAGACAUAAUUCAACUGUUAAUGGACAAUACCAGGACUAAUAUUACUUCUCAGGAUUCCAGAGGAAACAAUAUCUUGCAUGCAUUAGUUACUGUUGCAGAGGACUUUAAAACUCAGAAUGACUUUGUCAUCAGAAUGUAUGAUAUGAUUUUGUUGAAAAGUAAAGACAGAAAUUUGGAAACGGCGAGGAACAAGGAUGGUUUGACACCACUACAAUUAGCUGCAAAAACUGGGAAAUUAGAGAUUUUGAAAUACAUCCUGAGCAGAGAAAUAAGAGAUAAGCCUAACAGGAGCCUGUCGAGAAAAUUCACAGACUGGGCGUAUGGUCCCGUUCAGUCUUCUCUUUACGAUCUGACAGAACUAGAUACCACCACGGAAAAUUCAGUAUUGGAGAUUAUUGUUUAUAAUACGAAUAUUGGUAAUCGUCAUGAAAUGCUGACUUUGGAGCCUCUGAAUUCACUGCUGCGAAUGAAAUGGAAGAAGUUUGCACGACACAUGUUUUUUAUGUCAUGUUGUUUUUAUUUCCUAUACAAUGUAACACUGACUUUAGUUUCCUACCACAGACCUAAUGUAAAUGAAGCUCCACCUUAUCCACUAGCCCUAACACGUGGUGUGGGAUGGCUGCAGUUAUCAGGACAGGUGAUGGUUAUGUUAGGAGCAAUAUUUUUAGCCAUAAAAGAGAGUGUAGCCAUCUUUCUGCUUAGGCCCUCAGACCUGCAGUCAAUUCUCUCAGAUGCGUGGUUCCACUUUGCAUUUUUUAUACAAGCUUUGCUUGUGAUCUUCUCUGUCUUUUUGUACUUGUUUUCCUACAAAGAACACCUCGUGUGUCUUGUUUUGGCAAUGGCCCUAGGAUGGGCUAAUAUGCUCUAUUUCACCAGAGGUUUCCAGUCCAUGGGAAUAUACAGUGUUAUGAUUCAAAAGGUCAUCCUGCAAGAUGUGAUAAAAUUUUUAGUUGUCUAUAUCGUGUUUUUGCUGGGAUUUGGCGUAGCUCUUGCUGCAUUGAUUGAAACUUGCCAAAAUGGCAGUGAGUGCCAUUCCAACAGCAGUCUGGGACCUGUUCUGAUGGAUCUUUUUAAGCUCACUCUGGGACUGGGUGAUCUGGAGAUCCAGCAAAAUUCAAAGUAUCCUGUGCUAUUUCUUCUGCUCCUCAUAACUUAUGUUGUGUUGACUUUUGUUCUUCUCUUGAACAUGCUCAUUGCAUUAAUGGGAGAAACAGUGGAAGAUAUUUCUAAAGAGAGUGAGCACAUCUGGAAACUCCAGAGAGCUAGAACCAUUUUGGAAUUUGAAAAAUUCUUACCAAAAUCUUUGAGGAAAAAAUUCCAACUGGGAGAACGGUGUAAAGUGGCUGAAAAUGACACGAGGGUGUGCUUAAGGAUUAAUGAAGUGAGAUGGACCGAGUGGAAAACGCAUGUUUCAUUUAUUAAUGAAGAUCCAGGGCCAACAGAUCCAAGCAAAGUUCAAGAUAAUUCAAGAACUAAUAGCAAAACAACCCUGAAUACGUUUGAAGAAAUGGAUGAUUUGCCUGAAACUUCUGUUUAGUUGUUCUGUAUUUCAUAUGUGGAUGCUUUGGAGGUUAAAAGCAUCAGAAGCUGAUGUUGAAAGCUUUUUUAAUAUUUUGGACAGCUGUAACCAGCUGGAACACAAACUUUCAGUGACAUGGUCUGAUGACUUUAACUCAUUUAAUCAGUGCAGCUAUGCUAAAAAUAAAAUGGACUAUUUCACUGGUUCAAUUUUGAGCCUCUUAAAAACCAUUGCUGUCCAAGUUUGUAUGCCUAUUCAAACUUGGAUAUAGACUGUGUACUGGUUAAAAAAGGUCAAAGGUGAGAUAUUUCUUCCUUUUGUGGAAAACUGAGAUUUUUGUGAUCCCAGUCUGAUGUCUUUUGUUUUCAAAUCUUUAACUUUAAACAUACUGUAUUCUGAAAAAAACUUAAGUUCUUGUCAUGGAGAAAAGAAAGGCAUUUCAAUUUUGAAGACUACUAAAUGAAGAAUGUUAUUUUGAAAUAACAAUGUUCUGGAAACAUUUGCAGCUUUUGUAUUGAUGGUCAGUGUUACUGGAAGCUUUAUCCCACUAAGAGAAGCCUCAAGUGGAAAAAAUAGCCCCUUCGGAUCUCAUUAGCCUUGUGAUCUGUUUUCCUGUGUAUAAUACCUAGGGUACAAAUGUGGUCUUUAUUCAUGCAGAUCAUAUGUGGAUUUUUAUUUGUUAUUCAUACAUGUGCCUUCCCAUUAAAUAAUAGGGCUUUUCCAUACUGGUGAAUCUUGCUAUCACAUUGGAAGUUUUCAGGUUUAAUUAAAUUAAUUCCUACAUCCAACCACUUCAGAAAAAUGAAAGUCAGUAUUUCUUCCCAAAGAAACAAAAUAAGUUAAAUGCAAUAUAAUUGCAGACUUUAAAAUUUAUAUAUAUAUUUUUUUAAUUCAGAGGACUGUGUAAUGCAUUUCUGUAGCACUUUUUUAUUUCAUUACUUGUGAUGACCUAGUACUAUAAAUUAUAUUUUUUAGUUUUCUAUUUGUGUAUGUAUAAAAAGAAAUACUUGUCCUGUGUACCUUUAGAUUUCAAUUAUUACAAUAUGUAUCUUCAUUGUUGUGGAUUUUUGUCAUAUAUUCAUUUGGUGCCUGUUUUAAAGGUGCUAUUUAGGAAACACUCAGGUUAAUUCUGUUUUGUGUUUGAAUGAUAAUAUGAAUUGCAUUGGAUUCUUACAGCUAAGCCUGAAGUGCGCAAAAUGGUCCAAAAAACUUUCUUAACACAGAAGAGAACGUGAGGGAACUCUCCAUCGGAAAGGAUAGUGCAAAGCUAUUUGCAGGGAUGGUGAACAUUUUUCUCGCUACCAAACUGGUCUUCUACAGAUGUCCUAUCAGGCAUUUGCUACGGUGUAUGGCCCGGAUGGAUGGGAUCAAGUUGAAAUCUUCAGAUGCUUUUUUACAGUGCAUAGGAAUUCCAGGGGAAGGACAUUCAUGCGUAUCAAUAUACCGAUGUAGUAUCUGAGCAUUGUUUGACCUUCUUAGUAGGAUAUGUGAGUAUGAGAAGAAAAAAUCCUAUCUUCCAGAAUCUUUCAUCUCUGCUGGCUGAUUUUUCAUGGAAACUGACAACAAAAAAUAUUGUCUUAGGACUAUGUAGUUCUGUUUGGAUGCUUUUGAGUGCCAGUUUUUGUAUGAAAAAACAUACCUCAUCACAUAUACUCAGGAACUGGAAUAAAUGAGUCUGAGCUGUACUCCAUAUUGGUAUGGAUAGACUUGUCACUGAAAACAACUUCAGAUGUCUCUGCACUGUACUGAGAUCACUCUGUAGGCUCAGCCAUAAAACAGGGAAGCCAAAAAAUCAUAAGGAACGUGCUGUAGCCAUGUCCAGGUACAAAGCUAUGUGAUAUAACUGAGGAAAGGGGGUGGGUGGGCAGGAUUGUUUCUAAAAGUUCUUCACUGAGAAAGUUGCCUUUGUGGCCAUGGAGUCCUGCCACAUACCAGUUGUCUCCUAUCUCAAGGCUCUUAUCAAGAUCCACUACAGCAGAUCAGUUUGUACUUUUUAUACAAUAUUUAUUUCAAUAUAAAGAAAUAAAAUGUACUUCAAUAAACAUCUCAUUCUGUCCUGUAUUUUAAUUUUAU